AAUAAUGUCAGUCGGCGGAUGUGAAUGUUUUACAAUUUUCAUUAAAUUUAAUUGUUUAAAAAAAUGUACACAAUACAAAUUAACUAGUUAGGUGGUAAUCCUUAAUUAAGGGGUUAUAGUGCAAUACUUUAAACAUAAAUUUAAAUGUGUACCGUGUGGCAAAAUGAAAGGAAAAAUUAUAGUUGGGUUGGUAAGUAUAUCAUGCUUGCUGCUAAUACUGGUGUUUGGGAGGAUUUACAAAAGCCUCCUGGUGGCUUACGAGAAGUCCGGCAAACUCGUUGAAGAUGAUUACUCAUGGGUGGUUGUACUAUUUCUCAAUUUGGCUGGUUAUGCGACCAUCCUUCUUCCUGGCGUGAUGCUUUACAAAUACUUGGAGAAAACUAAUUAUUUUCAUAAGAUAGGAACAAAUACCAGCUGUUUAUACCGUUCUCUGUUCGCGUGUUUCGGAGACCCCGGGGAGAAGAUACCCGACACUGUCAAGUCUCCGAGAGAUGAGCCUCCGUCCAGAGAAGGGUUGGAGCUAGCGUUUUGUUUCACCGGCCUGAUGGGCGCUUAUCUGGUGUGGGGACUGUUGCAAGAGAAGAUUAUGACACAGGACUACAUAAUGCCCAACGGAGUCGUUAUUCGCUUCAACGACUCACAAUUCCUAGUGUUUGUGAAUCGCCUCUCCGCGUUUCUAGUGGCUUUGAGUCGUCUGAUAUGCUCCGGCCAGCCGCUGGUGUCGGCGCCACUCUACAAGUACUCUUAUUGUUCUCUAACGAAUAUCAUCAGCGCAUGGUGUCAGUAUGAAGCGUUGAAAUACGUCAGUUUUCCUACUCAGGUGCUAUCAAAGUCGUGUAAGGUGAUACCAGUCAUGUUGAUGGGGAAGCUGAUAUCCCGCAAGAAAUACGAACUGUACGAAUAUGUGAUCGCGGUGUUAAUAUCGUUCGGGAUGGUGCUGUUUAUAUAUGGCAGCCAUGACGAUAAAGUAUCAACAGUAACGACGAUGUCUGGCCUGACCUUACUCAUGUUAUACGUGGCGAGUGACAGCUUCACCUCGUCGUGGCAAAGCGCUUUGUUCGGCCAGUACGGCUGCUCGCCGCUACAAAUGUUGGUCGGAGUGAAUCUCUUCUCGUGCGCCCUUACGUUCUCAGCGCUGUUGCAGAACACGAACACAGCCCAAUCGCUGAGGUUGUUGCAGCACCCUAUGUUUCUGUCAGACUGCCUGAUGCUGUCCAUCAGUUCCACCCUGGGCCAGCUGGUCAUCUACCGCACCAUCUCCAAGUUCGGGGCCGUGGUGUUCUCAGUCAUCAUGACUCUCAGACAGGCGGUCGCGAUCCUCCUGUCGUGUCUAGUCUACGGCCACGUAGUAUCUCCAAGUGGAAUAAACGGCAUUAUAUUAGUGUUCGCCGCCAUUUUCCUAGGCGUCUACUGCAGGCAGCGCACGCGCAAACGAAAACCGGCCAAUGUAUAGCUGAAGUUAGGUAGGUUGAUGAAUAAAUAAUGAAAAACAAAGUUCGAACUGUAUAUAAAUGUGUGCAACGCAGAGAUGUGUAUUACAUAUGUAUAUGCAAAAUGGCUGUAAUUUCUAGUUGUUGCCAUUUUUUCUGACAAAAAAAAAGAUUAAUUUUGAAAUAAGUUUUAAUUAUUGACAUAAUCGACGUAAGUUUUUCGAAUAAAUUGGCUUGCAUUACACCGAGAAAAUAAAAAUCCUACCCAGUUAUGUUCUGAAAUAUUAGUUUUCGCCUGCCAUUUUCCUAGGCGUCUACUAAAGGCAGCGUACGCGUAAACCUAAACCGGCCAAUGUACAACUGAAGUUAGGUAGGUUGGUGUAUAAGUAAUAUUGAAAAAGUAACUGAAAAUGACAAGGUUUUGUAACGCAGUGACGUAACAUAAUGGGCAGUGCUCUGAAUUUUUUUACAUAUGUACCGCCGAGCGUGCAUGAAGAGAGUUAUGAGUGUGGAUGAAGCGAAGGAAGUAUGCAGAGAUCGUGGCAAGUGGAAAGAUGUAGUCUCUGCCUACCCUUCCGGGAAAGAGGCGUGAUAUUAUGUAUGUAUAUAUGUACAGGCAGUUUAUCCAAUUUAUGUAACAACCAUUAUUUGUUCUACACUAAAAAUAUCACAGGGGAACCAAAAAAGAUAUUAAAGAUAAAGGUGUAAAAUUGAAAAUCUAAAUGUAAAUUGGCGUGUACAAUAAAGAUAUUACAAACUAACACACAAACAUUAUUAGUCUGCAUUAAUAUGUCAAAGUCCACACUAUACUUUUUCAUAGUACACGUUCCUAUAAUUUUAAAGACUUGCAAGUAUUGUAACAUUGACAGACAAUGGACAAAUGAAAUUAAUAAAUAUUAAAAAUAAUAAAAACAAAUGUGUAAAAUAAUUUGUUUUAUCUACAAUCUUUAGUAUUUGUUUUACCUACAAUGUUUGUGUGUUCAUGCCGUAGAUUCACGUUUGACGUAAAAACAUCGCAUUUUUAUUUUCAAUUUAGAGGUACAGUGGACCAUAUCGAAAAGUAUACCAUCUUUGAUACGACUGCACUAUAUACUAGACUUUUCUAUGUGGUCCACAUUGGAUAUAAAUAAAAGGAAUAUGUACACAUUCCAAUGUUAUUCUUAUAUGUAUUUAUUAAAAAAAAUAUUAAAAAAUAUUGUUUCGCGUUUAGUUAUUAUUCGCAUAUAUAUAUAGUCACAAACUUUUGGGGUUAACUCAGUAUUUUUAUGUGAUUUAUCUCAUAAUAAAUGGACAUAAAUAAAUAAUUAUUUCCUUAAAUGCUAUAUUAGAAAAAAGUUUUAAUUUGUUAAUUAUUUAUUCGUAUUUUUUCGGACAAUAAUCGUGCACAAAGUUUUUAAAGUAGAGUGAGCCGUUACUCGAAUGUCAAAUAUUUAUCUAUACAUAUAAUAAAUCUGUAGAAAGGUCAAUUCUGUACAUUGAAAAUAUUGAAAAAAUAAAUAGCAGGGGGUGUUACUGGAUCGAUACCAAACACAAAAAUGUGAUUAAAAAAAUUUUUGUCUGUCUGUCUGUAUGUUCAGGCAUCACGUGAAAACUAACGGUUCGAUUUUGAUGAAACUUGGUAUAAUUAUACCUUAUUAUCCUGGGCGUAAAA